AUGCUACCUAAACGGUUUCUUCGGGGGUUUCUCUACUUAUUCGUGUUUUUGGGUGUUGCUACAACAUUGCUACUCAUUGCAAACAAGCACCAAAUCAUCGAGAUUAAUGAAUAUAUACCAUUUGAUUACUUUUCAAGCGCUGCCCCAUCAUUCUUCCAGCCCCCUUCUAACUCAUUCAUUAUUGAUAUAGCAAUAAGAGAAUGCUACAUUGUGAAUUACAAAAACCCAAACUGUGGCAAACCCGAACCCAGCGCUGGUAAAUUUGGGGAUUUGUCCUCAUAUGGAAGUUCUUGGGUGAGGGUAAAGAAGGACUUGGGAUUGGGCAAAUUAUGGUUCCACAAAAAAAUCUUAUCUUUAAAGAAGCUUGAGCACAAGGAAUUUCAAAAUUUAAUUAGAGAAAAUAUUAUCGAUGAUACUGUUGUUAUUGAUAUUGUUGUUGGCGAUGCAAAGGCCGAUGCCAAUAUCCCUGGAAAUGUUCACCGUUUGCCCCAAAAAAUUAUCGAUAAGUUCAAUAAGGAUAAGGAUGUUGAAAAUUUGAAAUAUGAUGCCAAACUUCAACUGGAGUUUAAACAAGACGAGGGCAAGAUUAUUGAGAAUGAAAUUACUGAAAAGUAUAAUGAAGAGGAUCCAAAAAAAGAAGAUGGAAAAAACACCCAGAAUGAUCAGAACAAACCCAAAUUGAAAGAAGUGAAAGGUACCAAUGUUGAUGAAAAUGGAAAAAGAAAAAGAGAAAGAAAAACCAAAAGAAAUGAUGACAAGUCACACAAUUUCGAUACUAGUGGGGUAAUGAAUCAACUUGAUAUUCCAACGAUGGAACAGGUUAAAGAACAAGGCUGGGUUUACAAGUUCAAUGGAGUAUGGAUUCAAUAUGGAAGCCACAAUAACGAACAAGCAAUUAACGGAAUUGAUUUGUUAUUUGGCCCAGAAGCCGUUGACCCUCGACCAAACUGGGAACUAAUCCAACAACCAAUCCAAGACAUAUCCAUUUCAACAGAGCUUGCGCCACAUCUUACAUUUAGACGUGGACCUAAACUUGAUUACAAAAAGAAAUACAACACACCAUUGAAAAUUAAUGGUGAUCAGUUCAAAAUACUUCAAGUGGCAGACCUCCACUUCUCAACCGGGUACGGAAAGUGUCUUGAACCUCAACCACCAAGCUCGGCAAUUGGGUGCAAAGCUGAUUCAAGGACCUUAAAGUUUAUCAACCAUGUACUUGAUGUUGAAAAGCCUGAUAUGGUGGUAUUGACUGGUGACCAAGUUUUCGGUUCGACAUCUCCUGAUUCUGAAACAUCCGCUUUCAAAGCAUUGAGUCCAUAUAUCGAGCGAAAAAUACCAUUUGCUAUAGUCAUGGGAAACCAUGAUGCCGAAGGAUCAUUAGGAGCCAAAGAAAUGAUGGGGCUUUACGCCAACAUGCCAUACAGUGUUGCCGCCAUGGGUCCAGAGGAGAUUGAUGGAUUCGGUAACUAUGUUGUAUCCGUGCAAGGUAAAACUCUGACAUCCGUAGCGUUGUCGUUUUACUUUGUUGACUCUCACGCAUAUAGUUCAAACCCCAAAGUAUACCCUGGUUAUGACUGGAUCAAGCCUAAUCAAUUGAUGUACAUGAAAGAGGAAGGCGCAGCGUUGAGGGAUGGAAUUGCAGAGUUUGAGAAGGAAACCGUGAAGGAAGUAGAUCAAGAGACGAAAAAAGAAAAGAAGAAAAAUCGGACACAUUUAUCAAUGGCCUUUUUCCAUAUCCCGAUACCCGAAUUUAAAAACUUUAACCAGCCCAUGACUGGCGAGCACCGCGAGGGGGUAACGGCACCGCGCUAUAAUACAGGUGCAAGAGAUGUUUUCCAAGAACUUGGCGUUAAAGCGAUUGGUAUUGGCCAUGAUCAUUGCAAUGACUAUUGUCUUAUGGACCAAAAGCAACUGCAGUUGCAGUCGAGGCAAGAAAAGCGAGAGGGAGAUUCUGGUGAUGCUGGUGAUGCUGGUGAUAACAAGAUUUGGUUAUGCUAUGGGGGUGGUGUUGGUUUAGGAGGUUAUGGAGGCUAUGGUGGCUACAUUCGAAGACUUAGAGUGUUUGCAUUAGACACUGCAAAGGGUGAGAUUAAGACGUGGAAGAGAACCGAAGCUGAGCCUGAGAAAAUAAUCGACGAGCAGAUAUUAGUGACUGGUGGUAAUGUAGUCAAUUGGUAG